AUCAUUGGUAGCCAUCUUGUUAUUUGAUGAAAAUACUUAGUUGAGAAACAAGCAGUGUGAUUUCACAUUGAUUCUGAUAAGUAUGUAUAUUUAACAAAUAUUUUAACUGAAUAGGAGCAUAGUUUCAUUUCUUUUAUAUUGGAAUCAUGGAGACUCGCACCAUGGCAGAGAAAGAUCCAAUUCAAGAAGCAGAGAAAGAUCCAAUUCAAGAAUUUUUAAAGAAUACGGGCUGGUCGCGUGAUGCUUUAUUGGAAAAAUUAAUAAAAUUGAGAUCCGAAGAAAACAUUGAAGAAGGAAAUAAACCUAUCUUGCAACAAAUAAAUGCUGAACCAUUUUCGGAUACUGAUGACGAAGAGGAAGAAGCGCAUGUUACAAAUAACUCCAUAAUAAAUGAAAUAAUAGAUGACAUAUGUACAGUGAAUACUCGGUGUAACUCUGAUGAUGUACUUCCAACAGAAGCUCGAGAAACGAAUGAAAAUGAAACUUCUGAAAUAAUGGAAGUUAGAGUAAUAGAAGUAAAUAAUGAGGAAGAUGAUGACUUCGAAGAGGAAUAUAGUACCAAAGUAUCUUCAGACAACUUUCAGUAUUUGGAAACGUAUCCUCGAAAAAGUUUUUGUCAGGAAAAAUCAGUUAUUGGUUCCAAAAGACCGUCAGAAACAAACGACUUCGAGAGAAAUUCUGGGGAAAUUGAAUAUGUCGAGACAUAUCCUCGGAAACGUAUCAAAGUACUUUGUCUUGAAAAAGAAAUUUCUGAAUCUGAAAGUGAGAAACAAGUACACCAUACUGAGAUACAUGAGACAGAAUCAAAUGAAUUAACUGAAGUUCCAUUAACUAAAGAUGACAACCCAAGAUGCAUACCCUUUCAAUUACAAGGCAAUAAACAAACAGAUAAUAUUUCAAGAGAAAUCGAAGGAAUAUAUGAAAAAUCUGCCGAAGUUGAAAAUGGCUUUAAUGAUAACACGACAAUUCCAAGUAUUGUUCAAUUACAAGAUCAAAUUCAACUCACAAAUAUUAAUCAUCCGGAAACUAUGGCUCUUGAGACUUCAUCUGAUUCGGACUAUAAAGAAGUAUCAAAAAAUGAAAAUGAAAGUGGUGAUGAAAGUCAUGAAGAUAUUAGUGAUGAGAAUUAUUUUGCUCCUUCAUUUGAUAAUGAAAGUUUGACUGGAGACGAAACUGUUAGUUUAGAAAAUGUAGAAAACAUUCGAAAUAAUUUGAAACUACAAUUAAGUUCCCUCAGAACAAGAAAAAAAGAACAAUUUCUGCAACCCCAAACAAAGAUAGUGGAUAGUAUUGAGUGCAAUACAAAAUUAUUAAAUAUAAUGGCAAAAGACGGUGGUACAAAGAAAGCUGUAGGUGGAAAAAUAAGCAGUUCAAAACACUUGAUGAAAGAAAAUCACCUGUUUUUACAAACUAACGAGUUAGGAUUUGUUAUAUCAGAUGUUCAAGGUGGUGUAGAGUUUGACGAAAAAGAAAAUACUGAAAAAAACUUAGUCAUCAAACAACCAGAAGAAAAUUCAGUAUGCAGCAGCAACAAUUUUGAAAAAGAUAUAGAUGAUAAUCAGCAUAUUGUGCUAGAUCAAAUUAGAAAAAUUAUAAAUAAACAGAAAUGUUCUCUCAAACGCGAUGAUGACGAAUUGAAAUCAAAUUCGGACAGUUAUCAAGUUCAUAUAGAUUCAGGGAGAAAAGACAACAAAAUUGCACCAUUUAAUGGAAAUUCUCAACCUUCAUUUCGAGAUAAAACUAGCGAAUUUGAGAAAAAAUCUCCGUUUGUCAGUGACAGUUUAGAUGAGUUUUUAGUAGGAGAUUCUAAAUUGAACAUAAGUUAUAUGGUUCCCAAAUGUGGUGCUGAAGAGGGUUUGAAAGAAAAUAUUUUAGAUGAAGGUCCUCUUUUGUUAAAAAAGGUUUGUAAACUUGAAACACUUUCUGGAGAAAAAACUCAAAAACCACAAUCACUAAAAGCUAAAACUGUUGCUCAGAAAAGAAAAUUAUUGGAGAGAGAAAAAAAACGAGAACUGAAAAAACUAGAAAAGUUGAAAAAGACCAACCUAUUUCCGAAGGAACAGUCUGUUGAAUUGAAUAAAAAAUUCAAUCGAAGUUUUGUACUUUUUGACAAUAAAAAGUUGUGGGUUAAGAGUAAAGUACAUGACAAAUGCAUAGCAAAUAUUGGAUGUAAAAAUUUGAUGAAGGAUAGCUCACCUAUCAACACUAGAAGAAAAUUUUCUUUACUAGAAGGAGAGAAAAAAAUCAAUGCAGGGGUGAAGUAUCGUCCAGGACCUUUAUGUAAAAAGAGUGAACUUCAGAUAACUGGCCAUGAUGACUGGGAAACACAUUUCAAAAUUCUACCUGAAAUAUCAUUGGAGGUAGUACCAACAACUGGGCUUCCCUUUCCUGAUCAUAUUAUAAAUAGGUUGAAAAUAUUUGAUGGACAAUUAGAUAGUGGGCAAAUUGAAUUUGCAUUGUCUGUUUUGAAAACUAAAAAUAAAAAUAAUUUGAGUGCGCCGAAGUCGUUCAAAUUUCCUCUAAAAUAUCAUAACGAACAGGAAAAAGUUAUUGUUAGGAAAAGAAAGUCAAACACAGUUUAUGAUACAGAAAGUUCUGUAAAUAAACAUGAAAAUUCCAGAGAUACUGUUGCAGCUGUUAUUGAUGACUUAAUUAGAUAUGUUGAAAUUAGGGAAAUUGCUCCUACACUUAUAAAAGAUGAUGAAUCUCAAAUAAAGGAUGAAGGAAAGUUGGUUGAAAAGUUAUCACCUAUUAUUGACAGUAAUGUGAGUAUUUUCAAAAAACCACAUAAAAAGAAGACUAAGGUUGAACACGAGUUACUGAGACUUAACUGUAAACUAGUGAAUGUUGAGGUAGAAGAAAAUCAGACAGAAAAAAACUGUGAAAAGCCACACUGCCACUUGGGGUGUGUGUGUAAAAGUUUGAAAUGUGAGAAUAUAUUGAAUUACCACUGUCAAUUGGUUCAAUGUAUGUUCAAUUGUACUUGUCCAAAAGAAAAAGAUUUGAUUUAUGAACAUAGUCUCACUUUACCAGCUGGUACAGAUUUAUUGUCAUCUCAUACAGUUAACCGUAUUGAAGAUGAAGCAAAAAAAAAUUUGGCUAAAGAAGAGCGAGAAUUUACUCAAACUGUCAUUCAUACAAAAAAUGAAACAAUAGUGGUUGGCUUGGGUAGGAGAAGUAAAUUGAGAAGAAAUACGAAAACUCCUGCUAAAUAUUCAGAUUUCGUAGAUAGUGGUUCUGAUACUUUCUUUACUCAAAUACCGGACAAUGACUUCUCAAGAAAAUGUACAGUGAGUUUGCCAAGACUAAAUUUAUCACAAAUAAUACCAUAUUGCUUAAUGCAUAAUCUGUACGAUUGUUAUUGUGAGGGAAAAUCACCAUUCAUUCCAUAUAAGUCAAUGAAGGGCAAUAUAAUUUCAGAACAGAGGUGUGACGAUCUAAAAGUUCAUGGUAAGUUUACUGGAAGAAUAGACGAUGAAGAACAAAACAAAAUAGAAUCAAUAAAAGAAUUAUGUAAACAUACCAGAAAACUAAAUUUUAAGAAACACAGACGUGGUGGAAGAGAAGAAAGUGAAUCGAAUGAUAAUUAUGCAGAAAAAAGAAAUGAGAAAUUGUCGAAACUUUCCAACGAAGUUGAAGAUUUCAAGCCUAAUGACGAUUCUCAUAAUACAUCAGAUAGUAUUAGUUCUCAUGUGGGUACCAAUAUUUCGUCCAAUUCUAAAAGACCAAUGAGAAUUAAAAGGAAAAAAGAAUAUGAUAAAAAUUAUAUUGAAUAUUCCGAUGAAAUACUUCAUGAGGUAGAACUAGAUGACUGUGCAAGGACAAGAGGAUUACCAUCAGAGUAUCCAAAAACUAAAACUGUUGGUGUGAAUGAACAGAAAAAUGAUUUCUCUUACAACAUCAAAGAAUCUGAUAUAUAUAAGGCAAAAAUUCAGUACAUGGAUAAAGAUCUAAAAAUUUUCGAGGCGGAUAUUUUGAAAAAAAAAUUGAUUGAGCAAUGUAUGGGAAAUAUACUAUUUGAUAAAGUCAAAAGUAAACGUAAACAAACGCUCAGUGAACGUAGAGAGAAUAGCACUUCUACAUCUACAUCAUUAGCACUCUUCAAUGAAAAUGGUGCUCUUCAACGCAGAAACAAGUUUUCAUCAUUUCCACCAGGAGAAGUGAAAGUCAAACCAGUGUUUGAUGGCGAAAUUAUUGUUGAUAAAAAAAAUUUAGAGUUAUUGAAAAAAAUAGGACCAAAAACUGUUCAGGAUGGCUACGCACGAUUAAUACCAUGGAAAGUUCUUAUUAAAAGUUUUGAAACUGGCAAAAUUAAUAUCUGGAGUAUUGUAAAUCGACCUUCACGCCUCCUCAUUAACAAAAGUAAUAAGAAAGCUCCCAAAAAUUAUGUCAACAUUAAAACAUUGGAACGAACAAUGAGUAAAUAUAUAACAGAAGAAAGAACAGAGGAUGUGAUUUCAUGGAUUUUGCACGGUAGACUUCCUGACUGUUAUCCAAUAGACAGCGUUUCAUUCAUUUUAAAAGAGAUCAAAAAUAAUUUUGAAAUAUGUGGUGUUUGCACUAGAAAAUUUAACAAAGAAGAUCUGGCGAGUAGAGAAAUGGAAGACAAGUCUGUUGAUAAUUCAAAGAAAAAAGAUAUUUUCGAUCAUAGAGACUUGAAUGGUGAUUAUCAAACUCUAAAUAUUUUCAAAAAUAAUUACAAGCUUCAAGAAUUAGUUGAAGAAUCUACUGGUCAUUUAGGAGAGAUGUCGGUUGAUAAGGAUAAGUUAUAUAUGUGGGCUGCUUUGCCAGAAAUUUAUCCUGUUUGUAAAUGGCGUAUGAUUUACCUAAAUUCUGACUUUACCUACCUCUACUUUGUUAGUAUAGAUUAUUCAAUAAGAUAUACUGAUUUGGUUCGGAUAGGAAGGAUUGCUAGAGAUAAUAAAUGUACAGUGAAAGUUACUAAUGAUCCUUUAAAAAGUGGAUAUGAUCAUGUUGAAUUUGGGAUAUAUUUUGACCAAAGCUAUAUCGAUAGGAUUUUCAUUGGUCCCUAUUUCAAGCAGUAUACAGGCAAUGAUGUUGAAACUUAUCGGUAUGUGAAUAAGUCUCUCACAUCUACAGAAGAUUUUAAUAAAAUGACUGGAAAAAACGACUACAAAUGUGGACAUUGGUUGAUUGAACGACCCUAUUCAAGAAAGCGAUAUCAAGAAAAGGAAUUGAAUAUUUCAACUGUCGACCUGACCAGUGAGGAUGAUAGAAGUAAUGCUGCAUCAAAAGUACUAAAUAAUUUAAAGAAACGCCCGUCUAAUGAAGAUUUGCCACACAUGGUCAUUAUGCACAACGAAGAACAAAUAUUGAUACUUGAUGCUCCGCCAAGAAAACCAGAAGAUUUUAAUCUGUAUAUAAUUAGCAAUAUUCCACAUCUUGGGUAUCUUGGAGCAUACAAACAUUCUUCUGGAAAAAUUGAUGUUUCAUGGCCAUUCGAAGAGAAGUUAUUGAGGUUUUCUAAUACCUCGGUAGCUGUUGAUUUUCUGCAAGAGCGAUUUUCUGCUUUACUACAACCAGUCCCAGAAACAUUCAAGAUAAAUAUAAUUACUGUAACUCAAAUUGAUUUCCUAAAUACCCAUCCUAUUGAUGCUUCAGUUUUGAGUGGACAUUAUAUAUGUGGAGAUUUUGGAUUCGAAAAUAUAACAACAAUGACAAAUGAUGAUUGUUUGAAAAAAUUGGGAAAGUCGAGAGAUGACAUAUUGAGUAUGUUUUCCAAACGAGCUAAACUAUUUUUGGGAAAACGAAUAGAAAGCUUGGCAUCUUUACUGAACAUGGGUGGAAACAGUGGAUAUGAUAUUUCCAAAAUAUUGAAAACGGCCACCGAAGAAAUUCACUCACUGAUGAAUCAAGAAAAGCAAAAUAUCGCCUUGAAACAUGAAUUGUUGGUCAUGAAGCGAAGUAGAGCUAUUCAGUUAUUUGGUUUGAUUAAGAAGUUACCACAUUUACAAAGAAAUAUUGAAAGCUUGAAAUUUCGAAGUGUGCUCAACAAAACGGAACCCAUAGAAAUACAGGAUUCUGAUGAAGAGGAAAGCCGAGAUUCACAAACAAAGAAUCAAAACUUGACUAAAACAAGUCCAAGUGAGUCUUCGAACACAGAUGUUCUGAAGGUAAUUUAUUCCUCAAAAGCCAGUACCAGUGCAAAUAAAACAAAACAAACAUCAGUGUUGAAGCCCUUGGUCAGAGUGCCAAUUAACCGUGACACAUCCUUAUUAGCAAGAGGACCAGUGGAUACUCCACUUGCAAACAAUAUACAAGAACAACCAUUGAUCAUGAAUCCAAAACUGAAAACUGCUCAAUACAUAUCUGGGGUCAAACUCGUGAAAUCUAGUUCUGGGAAUUUUGUAUUAGUGCCAGAUGAAUCACCACAGUCUACUAAAAUUUGUUCGAAACCUGCGUUGGUUUCUGGCACCAAAGUUAUUAUUCAAAAUAACAAAAUAAAGUCAUUGAAAAGGUUCCAAUCAGAGGAAGUUCAGGCCAGGAAACUCAGAAAGGUUAACGGAGAAGGCUUGAAGGUUGUUUCAAAUAAGUUGGUCGCUUGUCAAGUUAUGGACGGUGACACUGAUCUUGAUUCUCUGAACGCAAAUGACACUUUGUUAAUAGAUUUAGAUGCAAAUAAUGAAAUUGACAACAUAUUGAUUCAGAACGACAUAAAAUCAUUAUUAAAGACUACCAGUAACUGUUAUGACGGAACAAACGAAAAGAUGGAAAUUAGAACAUCUGGGCAAUAUGAAAAUUCAGAUACUAGCGAAGUUAUAACUAUCAUCGAAGAUGAUAUUCUUUCAGAUACCGAGGAAAACUUUCAAAAUGCGAACUUGAUAAACUCUCAGUUUGUGAAUACCAAAAAUAUUACCCAAACUUCUCUUGAAGAUGUCUCAAAAGCUAUAAAAGCGGAAAACAGUUACCAUGGAGAAUCUGCUGAAAUAAAUAACACUUGUUCAAACAACUCUGAUCUCACAAAUGGUUAA